AUGUGGGUUAUCGAGAAUGAUGAAGUCUUCCAAGGCAAGAAGCUAUGGCUUCGACCCGGAAAGAAGUUUAUCUUUGGGAGAACCAGAGCCGAAGAACUGACUCUUGUAAAAGGACAAUUCUUCGUCGACGAUAAAACCAUCUCAAGGCAGCACCUGAUAAUUGAAGUUGCUCCUGUCGGACCCAGAGACUGUUUUAAGCCAAAUGCUCGUUCUCGGUCUCGAAUCACGUUGACUGAUCAAAAUACUAAAAUUGGUACCCGUUUGAACGGAGAACAGAUCAGAGGCACUAGCGUUGCACUCGAUCAAGACAAGAAUACAGUAAUCCUUGGAAAAUACGAGCAUCACUUUCUCUUCACAUGGGUUCCUGUAACAUUUACAUUUUCCUUUACCACCAAAGAGCAAAAGAUAGAUCCCUUCACCAAACUUUACGAAACCCUCGGCCCCCUUGAUAUCAAAGUCCUGAUCGAGUUUGAAAAAGGCCUCACUACUCAUGUUGUCGCCAAGAAACGUAAUACGUCCAAAGGACUACAGGCGUUAAUCGACGGAAAAUAUAUCGUGCAUAACGACUCGUAUAUCAAAGCUGUGGUAGCCGCAACUACACCCGACGAUGAAGGAAUGUCUCUUUUGGAAAAAGAUUUUGAUAGUUUCCCCGACCCUGAGCAAUAUCUUCCUCCAGGAGCGAACGAACCUACUCAGCGGACCGAUGAUGCUUAUAGUCCGGAUCCGGCUCGCCAUUAUAUGUUUGAGGGUUAUACCUUUAUUUUCUAUAACCAAGGGCAAUUUGAUACUCUCCUUCCGCCUAUUACACAAGGAGGUGGCAAAGCUUUGCUUGGUACUGUAAUUGCAGGUCAAACAACCGUGGAAGAAUUUGUCAGAUAUGUAAAGAGUGUCGCUGGGGAGAAAGGCCUAGGAGAGUUUGAGGACGGCAGUGAGGGUAAGGGAGUGGUUGUGGUUCGGUAUAACCCAGUGAAGGGAGCGGAUGCCACGUGGUUUGCGGAAUUCAGCACCGAGGUUGCUCAGUAUCUGGAUCACCGUUUGAUCGAGCAAAAUGAGUUUCUGGAUGCUAUACUCGGCAACAACGCCAGUGUACUUAGGAGACCUCUAGAGCCGGAGGCAUCUGGAGUUUACGCGCCUCCGCCAUCUGCAGCUACUGCGGUUUCUCAAACCCUUCGAAACCCGCAACCUGCCCCUGACCCAACACCCGCAGAGCCGGAUUCUCAACCCGAACCAUCAAGACGGCGUAGAAGAGCAGUCCCCCGAUUCAAAGGAUUCGAUGACGACGACGAUCCACCCGUAAUCAUGGACUCAAUCCCUGAGUCUAUGGCCAUUAAUUCUGUCCCUGCCGAACCCGAAUCCCAAGGUCUUUUCGUCUCUCAAGAUCCAGACUUCAACAUGGACCGUGAACCCUCUCAAACUCCGGAAGCACAGACCAAAACCAGCCGCAAACGAAAAGCAACACCCAUCUUCGAAGACGAUGAAGACACCUUUGAAACCAUGGCUCCGGCAGCUGCACGCCUGAAGAAGCGUCGUGUAGAAGAAGAUGUCGCCCGUCAUCGACGAGGAGAAUCCACUCCCCCUCCCCCCGAACCACCCAAGCGGAAAGCAGAAGCAACGCCCCCCAAGCCGGUCAAGGUGAAGACCAAAAAGGAAGAACAGGCCGAGAUACUAGAAAAAACUCGUCUUCGCCACGAAAAGAUUGAAGAACUCGCAAACCAGGACAAGGAAGUUGUAAACAUGGAUAGCUUCCAGCUCGCGGAACUGCAAGCCCUCGCCAUCACCGAAACAAUAGAACUUCGUAGCAGUGCUCCUGCACCAAGAGCUCCCAGAGCAGAUGAUAGUGAACGUUGGGAAGACAGAUGGAACGGGCGCAAGAACUUCAAGAAAUUCCGCCGCAGAGGCGGGCCAGCCAUCAACGCGCGCGAUUUGGGCCGGACUAUCGUACCGCUGGAGGAAGUCAAGCGUAAAGCUGCUGGUGUGGGUGAUGAGUACUGGGUUGAAGAAGACGUACGGAUCGGAAAAUCCAAAUCGCAACGCUCGCAACGGAAAGGCAGGGUGGCUGAGAUUGAAGGUGAUGAUGUUAAUCUUGAUCAAGAUGACGAUAACGAUGACAAUCUCCCCCUUGUGGAGGACAUUCGACCCAAGACUCAGACCAAGACUAAAACCAAAUCUCUAACGGUAGUUCUUUCGUCUGACGACGAAGACGAGGACGAAGAGCCCAUCGUCAAGCAAAAAGGAAGCAGGAGUCAGAAGCUACAGGAUAAAACUGCGGAAAAGGGCAACGUGAAGCCCAGACCAAGUCAGAAACGCGCGGCUGAGAAGACGUUGACGAAACCGGCGCCGGUAAAGCGCGCCAGGCAGACGGUAUUGGGGCGGAAGAAGGACGAGAGUGAGGAUAGUGAGGAGGAGGGGAAAUUCCGGUUUAGGAAGAGGGGUUGA